UAUUUAUAUUUUCACACCGUAUUUUGUAUAUUUUGCUAACGUUUCUGCAUUUCUGCAACCUUCAUUGAAUUUAAUUAAACUUAUUAGUCCGAGUUGUGUUAACCAUGUCUUGGGGCCCGUUAAACACUCAUUCUCCUACACAUACUUUUGCGCCUCUCUUCUUGUCUAGGAUUAGGAGAGAAUUGGUCGCGAUCCUCACCAACCCUGUCCCAGGUAUUCACGUUGUGGCCGACGAGCAGGACAUCACGUUAGUUCACUGUCUGAUCGUAGGACCCGCCUACACACCAUACGAGGGUGGCUUCUUCUAUUUCAUCGUUAGGUUCCCGCCGAACUACCCUAUCGCACCUCUCAAGGUCAAGUUGAUGACCACGGGUGGGUCAACCGUCAGAUUCAACCGCAACCUCGACCGUGACGGUACAGUCUGCCUCAGCAUCCUCGGCCCAAGGAGCUCAUGGGAAGGUCCUGGGUGGAGUCCACUCCAGAGUCUGACUAGCGUCCUCAUCAGCAUCCAGAGUCUGAUGAACUCAAAGCCUUACCACAACAAGCCCGGUAAUUACAUACAGAUUUUUCCAGACGGAGAACAAGACAAUCAGCUGAUACAACAUGAGACUCUGAGAGUAGCAGUUGUCGGGAUGUUGGACAACGACUAUUCGAUAAACCUGCCUCAGCCACUACGACAAAUCAUGGAGAACUACUUUGUAAAUAACUAUCAGACUUACACCACACUGAUCGAAAGAAGGUUUCAUCUUAACGGUGCUACACUGAAAGAUAGAUUUAAGUGUUCAGUGUGUCAGCCGCUUUACAAGUGUGACUAUAAGCAAAUACGGAAGAGAAUAGGAAUUAUUUACAAAAGAUUGCACGGCGGUUCGGAUGGUUUUUGGAAACGUAUUAGUGAUUUCAUUAGUUAUUAAUAUUAACAUCAUAGUGAGCCUUUCGCAAAUCAAAGUUGAAAGGUUGCACAGUGGUGAUUCAUGUUUCAUUGUUGUGUGUUGUUGUGUGAUUAGCGUGAAGAGAAGUGUCGUUUGCACCGAGUUGUGUGCAUUUUUACUUCAACAAAUAAACGUGGUAGUCUAUCUAAAUAAAUACCGAAUAAAUGAUAAAUUUAAGGAACAAAUUUACUGUAAACAUGUAUAUUUCACCAUUACUGUUUGAUACACAUCCAAUAAA